AUGGCUCCCCCUAGCGUUCUCACCUUUGACGCGGAGGGUCGGGCAGUGGACUUUGAGGUCUGGGUAGAUGAUCUGCAGCUUUUCCUGCAGUGCGAUAGGGCAGACGGCCUCUCCCUGUUUGACCUCACUUCUGGUGCCUCCCCUGCCCCUGCUGCUGAUGCUGACGCCACUGUUCGCUCACAGUGGGCCACACAUGACCCUGCUGCUCGCCUUGCUGUGCGCCGCCACUUACCGACCACUCAGCGUGCACACUUUAGCCAGUACAAGAGUGCUCAGACCUUGUACGACGCUGUAGUUGCACGCUACUCUUCCCCUGCCACUGCUGCAGUGAGCCGCCUCAUGCUACCGUACCUCUUCCCUGACCUUGCUGCCUUUCCCACAGUCGCUGACCUCAUUACGCACCUCAGCACUAUCACCCGUCUCCUUGACUCUCUCCGUGUAGUCACGGACCACUUCCUCUCUGUUUGCCCCACCACUCUCACCGUUGACCUCCUCGAGAAGGCCCUCCUAGCGAUAGAGAAGCGCAUAGUCGCUGUAGGAGCCUCUUGUGGUGACCCUCGCACCCCCGUCUUUGAGGGGUGUUCUCCCUCCCCCCUCUUGCCCUCUGUUGCCUCUGCUGCUGCGGCCGACCUCGUUGGUUUCGAGUCAGUCGGCGCUGCGUCUGCCCCGAGCGGGAGGCGCCGCACCGGCAAGGGCAAGGGGGGCAAGGGCACUGGAGGAGGUGGAGGGGGCGCUGGAGGUGGUGGUGGAGGCGGUGGAGGGAGUGGGGGUGGAGGUGGGAGUGGUGCUGGGGGUGGCGGCGGCGGCGGCAGCGGUGGAGGCGGCGGAGGCAGUGGAGGUGGCGGAGGGAGCGGAGGCGGCGGAGGUAGUGGAGGAGGCGGAGGUGGAGGAGGCGGCGGAGGCGGCGGAGGCGGCGGCGGUGGCGGAGGCGGCGGUGGUGGAGCGAGUCGCGACUCUGCGCCGAGGAGUGGCGUCGGUGGUGGUCAGCGCCAGCAGCAGCAGCGGAGUGGUUGCGGAGUUCCGCACUCCACCCAGCGCUGCUUUGGUCGCCUAACGGACCCGUGGCGUCGCCAGUUCCCUGAGGCGUCAGAGAUCCCUCGCUGGGGAGAUCUGGCUAAGACCGGGGUUGCUAUCUUUGAUCUUGACUUUGAUGCUAUUCUUGCUGCCAUGUAUGCUGUUGCUGAUAGUGUUGAGGGUGCCUGUUACCUGUCUGUACCGCCUGACCCGGGCAUUGAGGCUGCUGCGCUAGGUGCUGGUGAGGCUGCUGCUCUAGGUGCUAGUGCGUCUGCUGCCCCAGGUGCCAGUGCGUCUGCCGCCCCAGGUGCUGGUGAGUCUGCUCUCUCAAGUACUACGUCGGCUCAGGCCUUCCACACCUUCACCCUGGACUCGGGUGCGUCCCGCUCCUUCUUUCGAAACCGCACCACUCUUACGCCGCUUAGUCGGCCGGUUGCAGUCUCCCUAGUAGACCCCUCUAGGGGUCCUGUCCUUGCUACCUUCUCCACUGUCCUUCCGUGCCCUGCAGCCCCCUUUGGCACCCUGUGUGGUCUCUACCUCUCUACGAACUUGGUGAGUGGAGCGGACCUACAAGAUCGAGGGGUUGACCAGUUCACUCCUGCGAGUCAGCGAGUGACCCACUGCAGGUGUGCUCGGAUAGACCGACACUUGGCCACGUUCACCCGUCGGCCAGGGUCGAGCCUGUACACCCUUACUGCUGAGUCUCCUCCUACUGCUGAGUCUGCCCAGGUAGCUGCGUCGAGUCUGGUGUUUGCUGCGGCGUCCAGGUCUGGUCCUGAGUCUACCCCCUGCUCGUGUCGUCUGCUGUCCCACCAGACUCUCCUUUGGCACCACCGCCUUGGUCACCCCUCCUUGCCUCGUCUCCGAGGCAUGGCCUCCCGUGUCCUUGUCUCUGGUCUUCCUCGGUCUCUCCCUCCCCUUCCUCCGAGGCCUGGCCCUACCUACGUCCCCUGCGUCAAGGGGCGACAGCGCGCCGCCCCUCACUCCUCCGAGUUUCCUCCGACAGAGGCUCCGCUGCAGACUUUACACAUGGACGUGUGGGGCCCAGCCCGCGUCAUUGGGCAGGGGAGAGAGCGGUACUUUCUGCUGAUCGUUGACAACUACUCGUGUUACACCACAGUCUUCCCCUUGCGCAGCAAGGGUGACGUCACUGAGGUGUUGAUCGACUGGAUCCGCGCAGCUCGUCUCCAGCUCAGAGAGAGUUUUGGCUCGGACUUUCCUGUUUUGCGUCUGCACUCGGACAGAGGAGGGGAGUUUUCCUCUGCCCGUCUGGGAGCCUUCUGUCGGGCACAGGGCAUCCGCCAGACCUUCACGCUUCCGGCCUCUCCACAGCGAAAUGGGAUUGCUGAGCGCCGCAUUGGCAUGGUCAUGGACGUCGCGCGUACGUCCAUGAUGCAUGCGGCUGCCCCCCAUUUUCUGUGGCCGUUUGCGGUUCAGUACGCCGCGCAUCAGCUCAACCUUCAGCCCCGGGUCUCCUUGCCAGAGACCUCCCCCGCCUUGCGUUGGACAGGGAAGGUUGGCGAUGCGUCUGCGUUUCGGGUUUGGGGAUCUCGGGCGUUUGUCCGCGACUUGUCUGCGGACAAGCUGUCCCCGCGUGCUGUUCCUUGCGUCUUCCUUGGCUUCCCCCCUGACGCGCCUAGCUGGCAGUUUUACCACCCCACCACGCGCCGUGUUCUGUCCUCCCAGGACGUCACCUUUGACGAGUCGGUGCCUUACUACCUUCUCUUCCCCUACCGCACUGCGCCCCUCCCCCCGCCGCCGCUCUUCCUUGUGCCAGGUGCUACUCAGGUAGACCCCCUCCCUCCUCAAGGUCCUGCCCCUUCGUGUGUGUCCCAGGUAGACGCAGUUGACCCUGUUGAGGAAGUUGUAGACUCUGGUGCUGCUAGAGGUGCUGAGCCUGCGGGUGCCGGGUCUGCGGGUGCCGGGUAUGGGGGUGCUGAGUCUGGGGGUGCUGAGACUGGAGGUACUGAGCCUGGGGGUGCUGAGCCUGGGGGUGCUGAGUUUGGGGGUGCGGAGCCUGGGGGUGCUGGGUCUGCUCGUGUGGCCCCCGGCGGAACUUCGUCGAGGCGGGAGCCGCUCUCUCCACAGGAGCUGCGCGUGUGGUUCGCCCGCCGCUGGAGACGUGCUGCUGAGUCUGGGGGUGUUGGCGCUGGUGUUUCUACUGGUGCUGGUGCGUCUGGGGGUGUUGCUGAGGCAGCUGGUGCUGAUGGUCCUACGGGAGUUGAGUGUCCACCGCCUGUCCAGUCGCAGUCACAGUUACCGCCCGCCUCCCCUCUACCUGCUCCUUCUCCCUAUGCUGGUCCUACUGGAGGUCUUGCAGAGCGUCGUGAGCCUGCGUCUCGUCCCGCGUCACCUGUUCGUGCUGCUCGCACUAGUGGUCGUACUGCACGUCCGCGUCCUCCUGCAGUCCCCGGCACACACCAGAUGGCACUGCGUCCUUCCACUGCUCCUCUGCGUGUCCUGUUGCCGUCUCCUCCAGAGUCCUUUCUUCCUUCUCUUGCUGACCCGGAGUCUGACUCCCUUCGUGCUGCUAGUCCUUCAGUCACGCGCCUUCUUGCUACUGUCCUCACUGACCCUUCCUUUGAGUCUGCUGCUGCGUCUGCUCUCGUUGCUGAGCUGGUCGACUUCACUGCUCGCUGUCGUCUAGACUACGCUGCCACUCUUGUUGCUGAGUCUGAGUCUGUCUGUCCUCCGUCCGUCGGGGGUGAGUGUGCUCUUAGCACGGACGUCCUUGAGGAUAGGCAGGAGGAGUUCCAGUGCUUUGCGGCUGCUUUGCCCCAUCUCGUGUCCACGCUGAUUGCCCCUGAGGGAGACCCGGAUGCACCAGACAUCCCGACUCCUCGAUCGUACGCUGAGGCGAUCAAGGGUUUCUACUCCUCUCAGUGGCAAUCGGCCAUGGACGCAGAGAUAGCUUCCUGGAAGUCCACAGGCACCUACGUCGACGAGGUUCCCCCACCUGGGGCGAACAUCAUCAGUGGGAUAUGGAUCUUCAGGGUGAAGCGGCCGCCGGGCUCCCCGCCUGUCUUCAAGGCGCGUUACGUGGCUCAAGGCUUCAGUCAGCGAGAGGGAGUUGACUACUUUUAG